GGGAUUUUAGUGGUCACGCUUUUCCCAAGCAUGCGCACAACACGCAUCUUCGCACGUGUAUUUUGAUAAUUUGAACGUUGCAAAUUUUAUCAUUUUAUCAAAAUUUUGAAUGCUUUAAACAAAAGAAAAUGUUGGUUUUAUUCGAGACUCCCGCUGGAUACGCAAUUUUUAAGCUUUUGGAUGAAGGAAAGCUUCAGAAAGCUGACAACUUAUAUGAGGAUUUUGAGUCGCCUGAGAGGGCGCAUAAAAUAUUGAAGUUAAAGCAUUUUGAGAAAUUCAAUGAUACUACAGAUGCUUUAGCAGCUGCUACUGCUGCUGUUGAGGGGAAAAUGUCAAAGAGUCUGAAAAAAGUUUUAAAGAAAAUUGUUUCGAAGGAUUUAAAUGAAAAACUUGCCGUUGCUGAUGCCAAGCUUGGCAGUUCAAUCAAGGAGAAAUUAAACUUGAACUGUUUUUACAGUUCUGCUAUUCAAGAGUUAAUGAGAGGAAUACGAAGUCAAAUGAACAACCUUUUGACAGGAUUGCCAGAAUCAGAUAUAUCAUCUAUGGCUCUCGGUUUAGCACAUAGUUUGUCAAGAUACAAGUUGAAGUUCAGUCCUGACAAAGUAGACACAAUGAUAGUCCAAGCCAUCUCACUCCUUGACGACCUUGACAAAGAACUGAAUAAUUAUGUGAUGAGAUGCAGAGAGUGGUAUGGCUGGCAUUUCCCAGAAUUUGGAAAGAUUGUCACUGAUAACUUGGUGUUUGCUAAAGCUGUCAAAAAGAUAGGUUUGCGUACCAAUAUCCAAAAUGUGGACCUAUCUGAUACUGUACCUGAGGAUAUUGAAGAUGAAGUCAAGGCAGCUGCUGAAAUAUCCAUGGGAACUGAGAUAUCCGAGGAAGAUAUUGAGAACAUUUUGUACCUUUGUGAUCAGGUUAUUGAGAUAUCAGAUUACAGAGCACAGCUGUAUGACUACUUAAAAAAUAGAAUGACAGCCAUUGCACCAAAUUUGACUGUCUUGGUUGGUGAACUGGUUGGGGCAAGAUUGAUUGCUCAUGCAGGUUCAUUGGUAAAUUUAGCUAAACAUCCGUCAUCAACAGUUCAAAUUUUAGGAGCUGAGAAGGCAUUGUUCAGAGCUUUAAAAACCAAACAUGACACACCUAAAUAUGGGUUGAUAUAUCAUGCAUCAUUGGUGGGACAGUCAAAUGCAAAGAACAAAGGAAAGGUUUCAAGAAUGCUGGCAGCAAAAGCAUCGCUUGCUGCAAGAGUAGAUGCCUUGGGUGAGGACUCAAAUGUUGAGUUAGGAAUGGAAAUAAGGGCCAAAGUUGAGUCAAGGGUUCGAGCAUUGGAGGAUGGUCAGUUGAAGAAAUUAAGUGGUACUGGUAAAUCAGUAGCGAAAUCUGAAAAAUAUGUACUACAAAGUGAAAUCAAAGGUUACAAUCCAGCAUCAGACUCUACGCUUCCUACAAAUGGAAAAAAACGUAAACAUGAAGAAACGGUUGACACUGAAGAAACUAAUGGUGAACUUGAAGAUGAGAUUGAAGAGAAGCAAGGAAAGAAGGAAAAAAAGAAAAAGAAAAAAGAAAAGAAAGUGAAAAAGGAUCAAACAAUAGAUGAGGCUGAAAUCGAACCUCCCAGUUCAGAAAAGAAAAAGAAAAAAGCCAAAAAAGAAACAAAUGAUUAAACGUUUGUGAAAUUUACUAUUUGACCAUCUCAAUAUUCUCAUUUAUUGCCUCCUCCUAAUUGUGAGACUUGUACAGUACUUGUAAUGUUUCAAUAAGUUAACUUUUAUAGUUUAAAAAGUCGCUAUUAAAU